AUGGGUGGAAUAGUAAUAUUGUUUUCUGCUUUAUUGCCGAUUCUAUUUUUGGUGCAGUUAACACCAAAAAUUUUGCUACUAAUAUUCACAACUUUAUCUUUUGCUUUACUUGGUUUUUUUGAUGAUUACCUAAAAUUAAAAGCAAAGAGCUAUCAAGGUUUAAGUGCAAAAACAAAAAUCCUUAUUCAAUUUUUUGUUGCAGUAAUUGGUAUGCUGGUACUUAAGAUGUACUCCACUGAUGACUUCACAAAGAUAUAUGUAUUUAAGGAAACAAUUAUUGAUAUUAGCUAUCUGUAUAUUCCAUUUGCUGCAUUUGUAAUAGUAGGAACUUCUAAUGCUGUAAAUCUUACAGAUGGAUUGGAUGGCCUUGCUGCAACACAGGCAAUAACUUCUUUUGCUUCUUUAGGAUUAGUUGCAUACUUAAUGCAAGAAGAUACUAAUGUUAUCUUAUUCUGUAUUGCUUUUAUAGGGGCAAUUUUGAGUUUUUUGUGGUUUAAUUCGCAUCCAGCAAGAAUAUUUAUGGGAGAUGUUGGAAGUCUAGGAAUAGGUGCAGCUUUAGGUUUAGUUAGUAUUUUAAUAAAAAGAGAAAUACUUUUUGCAGUGAUAGGAGGAAUUUUUGUCAUAGAAACUCUAUCUGUAAUUAUUCAGGUAUCAUACUUUAAAUGUACAAAAGGCAAGAGGAUUUUUCUCAUGUCACCAAUACAUCAUCAUUUUGAAAAGAAAGGGUGGUCAGAAAACACAAUAGUUAUGAGAUUUUGGAUAAUUUCUAUUUUUUGCUCAGUUUUAAGUAUAGCAUUUUUACUAUGAUAUUUUAUGAAAUACCCAGAUUUUACAUUAGAAAACGAGCUACCAGGAAUUAUAGCGGGAGUAGAUGAAGUUGGCAGAGGUCCGCUCGCUGGUCCAGUCAUAUCUGCAGCAGUGGUUUUUACUGAUAGAAGUACAGUUAUUGAUGGAAUUAAUGAUUCAAAAAAACUUACUCCCAAGAGUAGACAAGCUCUAUAUUACAAAAUAACGUCAGCUGCAAAAUUCGGUAUAGGAAUAGCAAGUGUAGAAGAAAUAAACUCAUAUAACAUCUUAGAAGCAACAAAACUUUCGAUGAAACGUGCAUUGAUAGAUUUAAAUCUAGAUUUAGAUUACGUCUUAGUGGAUGGCAAUCAACCCCCUGAAGUAAAAUGGCGAGUAAAGCCCAUAAUAAAUGGUGAUAAUAUAAGCAUAUCAAUAGCAGCAGCGUCGAUCAUCGCAAAGGUUACCAGAGAUCAAUUGAUGCAGGAGCUGCAUAAUAAAUAUCCUCAAUAUAACUGGCAUAAAAAUAAGGGAUACGGGACCAAAGAACACAUUAAUGCUAUCAACCUUCAUGGCAUUACAGAACACCAUAGAAAAAAUUUUGCACCUUGCUCCUCAGCUUAUUUUUCG